UAUGGUAUCAACAGAAGAGAAAGUUACUGAAAAUAAUAAGGAUAGAUAUCAGACUAUUGGACUCAUUGUUUAUGUUUGUAUUUUAGCUUCUAUCAAUUUUGCUUGUGUGGCGAUCCUACAAAUUCUUAUCUCAAAAGUGGAUUUUCAUCAAAUUCUUGAAUUUAAGAGACUUUAUAAUCAUUCGUUAGGAAAUUAUGAAAUAAAUAGGGAUUUGUCUAUGACUCAGAAUUUAAGAAUUAUCGAACAGAAAAAAGAUUCUGAAAAUGAAGUCUGUUUGAUUACACUUUAUCACAGGCCGCCUUUUGACGUUUGGCUAGUUGGCUUUGUACCCUUUAUAGCAUCAUCAAUUGUUGGACUUUUAAUAAUAGUCUUAUCUUUGCUACCCUAUUAUACAUUUAGUUGUAAAGCAAAAGCAAUUGGUAUUUUCAUGGGCAGUGCAAUAGUAAAUCUCUUAUCAUCUGGUAUUUAUGGUACUGUCCGUCUGUCUUUGUUAAAUAAAACUGUUGGAAAAUUGAAAUUUUGUCCCGAUUACAUAGUGACGAGAUAUGAAACCAAAGAUGCUGAAGAUCUGUUCAAGCUAUUAGCAGGCGUGGGUUUCUGUGGUAUAUUUGUUUUUCCAGCCUUCUAUUCAAUAUGCUUGAACGGUCGCCAUAAGGACGACUAUGGAGAAGACUCGGAGAGCCAAUUUUCAGAUUCAGUUGAAGCUUUGAAUUAGUGAUUUCUACUUCUUUGUUUUUUUUUACUUGAAAUGGUCCUACGUUCAGCAUUGCAAAAUAUCUACAAAUUAUAAAAAGUUCUUGAGCAGUUUUAAUAAAAAAAAAUCCAUAUAUGUUCUUUUCAAUGUGCCAUUUUCUAUAGAAUCUGAUUUCUGUAACAACUGAACGCGAAGAAUUAUUGGAAAAUACACUAA